AUGUUUCCCUGUGUCACCCACAAGGUGUCAUAUAUUGUAAUGUUCGGGCUCGCUUUCUACGGGACCCGGAGACCAACCUUGAGCUUAGUGCAGGAGUAUAGGAGGCAGGAGAGCCACCAGGAGGAUGGUUGUACCACUUGUGAGUCCGAAGAACGCUUGUUUCAUAAGCUGUUUUCUCAUUACAACCAGUUUAUCAGACCCGUAGAAAAUGUGUCAGAUCCUGUCACAGUGUAUUUUGAAGUGGCAAUUACCCAGCUGGCUAAUGUGGAUGAAGUUAAUCAGAUCAUGGAAACCAAUCUGUGGCUGCGCCAUAUCUGGAAUGAUUACAAAUUACGUUGGGAUCCAGCAGAAUAUGAUGGAAUUGAAUUGCUUCGUGUCCCUGCUGAUAAAAUUUGGAAGCCUGAUAUUGUUCUCUAUAACAAUGCUGUUGGAGAUUUUCAAGUUGAAGGCAAGACAAAAGCCCUUCUUAAAUAUGAUGGCAUGAUAAGCUGGACCCCACCAGCUAUUUUCAAGAGUUCUUGUCCUAUGGAUAUCACCUUUUUCCCUUUUGAUCAUCAGAACUGUUCCUUGAAAUUUGGCUCCUGGACAUACGACAAAGCGAAAAUUGACCUUUUAAUCAUUGGCUCGAAAGUGGAUAUGAAUGAUUUUUGGGAAAAUAGUGAAUGGGAGAUAGUUGAUGCUUCUGGCUAUAAGCAUGACAUAAAAUACAACUGUUGUGAAGAGAUCUACACAGAUAUUACCUAUUCCUUUUACAUUAGGAGACUACCAAUGUUUUAUACAAUUAACUUGAUAAUCCCUUGUCUCUUCAUUUCAUUUCUGACAGUUUUAGUCUUUUACCUGCCCUCUGAUUGUGGAGAAAAGGUGACACUUUGUAUCUCAGUUCUGCUCUCUCUGACUGUAUUUCUGCUUGUAAUCACAGAAACUAUUCCUUCUACUUCCCUUGUAAUUCCUCUGGUUGGUGAAUACUUGUUAUUCACAAUGAUUUUUGUGACACUGUCCAUUGUAGUGACAGUGUUUGUACUAAACAUUCAUUAUCGGACUCCUACAACACACACAAUGCCGAAAUGGGUCAAAACGGUUUUCCUCCAGAUGUUACCCAAAAUCCUAAUGAUGAGGAGGCCUCUGGAAAAGCAAAGAGAGAAACAUUCUGAUAAAAAUUCAAAAGGGCUUUCCAGAAAGUCUUCCAAGAUCAAAUUUUCUGAAUGUGAAGAUCCUAAAUUACCUGAGGAACAGGAAUGUUGCCGCUGUAACAAGUCCAAUGAGCCAGCUACUAACAAGAAGAGAUUAAGUUAUCAGUCUUUAAAAUGGAUGACAGAACAUUUGGAGUAUUCAUCUGAAGUCAGAGAUGUAAUCGAUAGUGUUCAAUUCAUAGCAGAAAACAUGAGGAACCAAAAUGAAACAAAAGAGGUGGAAGAUGACUGGAAAUAUGUGGCCAUGGUAGUAGACCGAGUGUUUCUUUGGGUGUUUAUAAUUGUCUGUGUAUUUGGAACAGCAGGAUUAUUUCUACAACCACUUACUGGGAACACUGUAAAGUCUUAACUCUAUCUGCUCUCCUUUUUUCCCUCCCCUUUGAAUGUCAGUAUUAACUCCACACAAGGAAAAGGAGAUGAAACCAUCUCCCAAACCCCAGAACACAUAUAUCCUCUUUCCCUCCACAUCCUUCCUGCCCUGGCUCCAUUAAUUAGGGAAAUCUUGAGAGAGGAGACUCUCCUAGCUGGAAGGUCCUUUUAUGCCACAGUAGAACUCCUUUGUGGCAGUGGGGCCAAAAGACAGAACUCUGACCUGCUGUGGUCUGGGCUCUCCUGAAUUUGUGCUGCUUCUCAUUGUUCUAUUUCAGGGACCAGAUUUGAUCCAUACUAUGUCUGAACCACAUCACAUCAAGCAGUGCUGUCUGUCAAUGUUGUAACACUUUCUGGUGUUGAAAUCACCUAUUUACCUUUCCUGAAGAUUAUAAGACUUGUGAAAUAUUGUCAACUAUGUUGCUCUAUGCACGUUUCUACAAUAUGAUUCAAAUAACAUAGUAGUACACAGUAAACUAACAGGCGAAACCUAGGGAUGGGUAGAUUUCUUCUUUGAGUUUAUUAUGCAUUCAUUCAACACCUUUCAUUCAUUCAUUGAAUCCCUGGUAUAGAUGAAACACAAUGUUGGGUCCAAAGAGGGACAGCAAGAGGGAUAAUCAACCUAUUAUAUGCCAAGUACUUUGCUAGGUGCUGAGGAUACAAAGACAAAAAUAAAAUAGUCCUGCCUCUAUUAAUGGAGACAUAUGAAUAAAUGAACAUAUAUAUACAUAUAUGCAUUCAUAUGUGUGUAUAUUUGUAUAUCAUACAGGGUAAUUAACAGGAAUCACAAAUCGCUUGAGUAAUAGUUCAUAUAUGGCAUCUUACCCUUCAAAAGCCUUUUCAUAUACAUUUUUUCACUUCACAAUGACUUUCUGAGGCAGGUGGUACUGAUACCGCAUUUGUGCAGAUGGGAAGAAUGAAGAUGAUGGUAGUUAAGGCUGUUUGCUCAAGGCAGAGAAAGAAUUCAAUCCCAGCACUUAGAACUCUCAAAUCCUUUGUAAUUUCCAUGCUUGACAUAGAGUGGGUGCUUAAUAAAUAUUGAUUGGUUGACGAUAGCAAUGAUACCACCGAAUCCAAGCAGGCUUUUUCUCUAUAGAUAGAAGAUAUUGUUUAAUCACUGUCACCACAUAGACAUUUCCACAAAGCCAAUAUGAAACUCUGAUUCUGGCGUUGGAGGUGAUGGUAUAGGGAAGCCCCAUUGGAACAGUUCCAGGUAUGCUACUGAGCUUGUAGAGUGAAUAGAACAUUCCCUUGUCCUGGCAGUACAUAGACAUGAUUCCAUUGGGCCGGAUAUCCCUGAAGAUAACAUUUGAAUACAUCAAGAGAAAAAGAUUUUGGAGU